AUCCCUAACAUUCAAACCAAGGAUGUCUACAAACUGUUCGUGAGAAUGCCCAGCACAAACUCCAUCACCAGCUCCGUGGAAAUCAAAACUCUUCGAAGAUCUCCAAGAUUUUGCACUCUUACUGCACCGCCAGGCCAGGAACAGUUCCCCCCCACUCGAAGAUCUCUCAGAUUUCUGCAAAAGAAUGACAUUUCAGCUCCCACACUCCCGGAGGUCCGCCGCUCCCACUCCGCAAUCCGCCAGGUACACUCUUCCCACGCUUGUGUCCGACCCUUACAGAACGUUUCUCUAAAAACCCCCAAAUCUGUUCUUGCAAAUACCACGAAUAAAUCGAGUAAAUCCGGUGUUGUUUCGAGUAAAAACGAGGGUUCAAAUACAGGGUCAAAAAAGUCUGCGGCAUUCGAAAAUGGGUUUGAGGGAAUUCGAAUUCCAAGACGGUCACCUAGGUUAUCCUGUGCGCCGAAGAUUGAGAAUGCGCUCGAGGGUCGUAACGCGAAAGUUUCAAAUAGUUCAUCAAUUACUUCCGGAGCGCGGUCGAGUGAUUUGAGUAGUCCCAGCCCUGGGGUCAGAAGAUCUCCGAGACUCAAUAAUGGAGUUGGGGAGCACCAGAGUACCGGCAAGUCUCGAAUGUUUUCGUGUCAGCAAGACGCUCUCGAGAGAUGCGGCCGGGACAGGGGAAAGAAGUCCAGCGGUUCAGAUAAAAAAAAGGGGUUAUUACAUGUUAAGAAUAUUGAUACGAGUGUGAGCUCCAGCGGGAAAAAUGUGGCUGAAGGAGAGAGGAGGAAGGGAAAUUCUGCUGAUCCUGAGGCUAAUGUAGCAAAAUCUGGGGGAACACAAGUAGUUGAUGGAGAAAUGAAAAAGAAGUCAGUGGCUAGAAGGAAAAGAAAGCGAGAGGAAGAUGUGGUUGGGAUUAGACAAGGGUGGACUGAAGAACAGGAAGCCGCAUUACACAGAGCUUAUUAUGCUGCUAAGCCCACUCCCAAAUUUUGGAAGAAGGUUUCUAAACUGGUGCCUGGAAAGUCUGCCCAAGAUUGCUUUGAUAAAGUUCAUUCCAACCAUAUGACCCCUCCUCAACCUCGACCUCGAUCCAGAGCACGGAGCACAAAAUCAUCUCAAAUUGAACUUUUGUCACCUUCAGAAGGUAAACUUCUAAAUCUUGAUGGUGCAAAGGCUAGAAAGUCUAGUCGCAAGAAUCAGAAAAGCCAUAAUGCGCAGAAAACUGUGAGAUUUUUGUUAGAGAAGAAUUAUCAGGGGGCGCUGAGCUGUGAGGCCGAUUUUUUCUCACUACUCGAGCCAAAUAUUAAUCUCUCUCAUCAGUCCCCUCAACCAAGUAAAGAACUCUGUAGCACAAAGGGUUUACUAGGAAAUCAAGAAUUCCUUCACGAGAGAUCCUUGCCAAACCACAAGAAGCCCCGUUCAAGAUUUAGCAGCUCAGUCGAGACAGUUGUUGUUAGUCCACCAGUACUGAAACAGGUGAAGAACAGGUCCUUGCACGAGAAGUACAUUGACCAGUUACAUUAUAGGGAAGCAAAGAGAAAAUCAGUGUCAAGGUGCGUAGAAAACUGCACCUUUGAAGAGAAGGUUCUAAAGGAAGGCCAUGCUGCAAGAACUAAUGAUCUUAGAGCUGCUAAAAAUGCAUUGAUUUCUGAUGCAAGGAACGCUAUCCACCAGUUACAAGACUUGCAUGCCAGUUCCACGAGCGAACUUGAUUUUGAUGAUGGUAACGAUUGUAGUGACAACAUCGAUUAUGAAAGUGAAAGAUGAAACAUGAUACAUUUCAUUCUUUUAUCUUCACCAAAAUUGCCUUAGAUCGCUUGUAUAUGUGCAUAAAUGAGAUUCCUCUUUUUGUGUAGUUACCAACUUCCAGAAGUUGUAGUCUAUGCCAACAGCAGUUCUCGAAGCCAUCCGGUUUUUGUAUACAUCUUAUACAGUCACGACUUAUGUAGACAAUGACGUAUUGAU